UGAUGUGCUUAGCUACUACAACAACUACCCCCAAGCCGACAACAACCACGCCUAAACCGACAACAACCACUCCUAAACCGACAACAACCACUCCCAAACCGACAACAACCACUCCUAAACCGACAACAACCACUCCUAAACCGACAACAACCACGCCUAAACCGACAACAACCACGCCUGAACCGACAACAACCACGCCCAAACCGACAACAACUACUCCUAAACCGACAACAACCACUCCUAAACCGACAACAACCACUCCUAAACCGACAACAACCACUCCUAAACCGACAACAACCACGCCUAAACCGACAACAACUACUCCUAAGCCGACAACAACCACUCCCAAACCGACAACCACUCCCAAACUGACAACAACAGCGCCAAAACCACAUUUUCAAACAGCCACUUGUGAAGACCAGGACCCUUUUUGUAACACGUAUUCUCUGGCAAUUUGUAAAACGGACCCGGUAUGGGCGUCUGGUAGUUGUAGAAAAACCUGUGGACUUUGUCAGGGUACACCGGCUACGACAAAACCAACAACGACACCAAAACCGACAACCGCUAAAGCAACUCCACAACGCCAUCACUAUGUCACAAUAAGAAGCAUUGUUGGAGAGAAAGGAGGUGGAAUUUCAAAAAUAAAAGUUUGA